AUGAGAAUUCCGGCUUCCCUUUUCCCCUCAAAGUCUGAACCUCUAACGGCGCCCUCGCCAGUAUCAAGGUUCAAGUCUCUUCGGAAAGCCAACAUCCUCCUGAUUCGCAUCGUCGUGCGCGUUCAAGACUUCGGUCGCGAUUCCGGUUGCCCGACCAAUCCUUUCCUCGGACAUCCUUACCCUCCCUCGGAGACUUCUAGCAGUAGUACUAGAUCCGUUCUAUCCGUACUUCGCACGCCAUCCUUACGAGUGACCCUAACACGCCCACCAGCACCUUGGACGUUCCUCCCACACUGGCCGUUUGGGAAAGCUAUACUUGAUUGCCUACCAAAAGAAGGAGAGCAGUGGGUUGUGCCACCUAAGGGCGAGACUAGCCCUGAGUGGCGCAAUGGCGAGGACCUCCGAGAUCUCGUCAUCUGCAGUAUCGACCCGCCAAACUGUCAAGAUAUUGACCAUGCUUUACAUGCGCGGCUACUACCUAACGGAAACAUCGAGGCCGGCGUCCACAUUGCCGACGUCUCUCACUUCGUACAUCCGGAUAACCCUAUGGACAGCGAAGCAGCGGCACGCGGCACAACUGUGUACCUGGUAGACAAGCGCGUCGAUAUGUUGCCUUCUCUCCUCGGGACGAACCUGUGUUCCUUAAGACAGUUUGUACAGCUUGCCUUUUCUGUCAUAUGGGAACUUUCGCCCCAAACGGCAGAUACUGUCAAUGUGCGCUUCACAAAGAGUGUCGUCGCAUCGAAGCGGGCAUUCACGUACGAGGAUGCACAGCUGCGCAAGGACGACACGUCUCUGAACGACCCGCUCACGGAGGGCAUCCGUCUACUCAACUCUGUCGCCAACAAGCUCAAGGCGGGCCGUAUGCACGCUGGUGCCCUCAGCCUCGCAUCCCCGCAAGUCAAGAUUCACCUGCAAAGCGCCGAGAGCAGCGACCCUAUCAAUGUUGAAGCGAAGGAGCUCCGCGAGACCAAUAGUCUGGUCGAGGAGUUCAUGUUGCUCACGAAUAUCAGUGUCGCGCGGAAGGACCAGGAGAGCUAUCCUCAAACUGCUGUGCUCUGUAGGCACAUGCCACCGCCUAAGGAGAACUUCGAGAAGCUGCAGGUUAUCCUCAGGCGACGGAAGGGUCUGUCGCUAAACGUGUCGAGCCCAGGCGCACUCGCAGCGAGCUUAGACAAGUGUCUUGAUCCGGGUGAACCCGCGUUCAACACGCUCGUGCGCAUCAUGGCCAUGCAUUGUAUGCCGUCCACCGAGUACUUCUGCUCAGGUAGCGUCUCAGCGGACAAUUUGGUCACUACGGUCUUGCCUCGCCCCUCUACACGCACUUCACCUCCCCGAUCCGACACUACACCGACGUACUGGCACAUCGGUAGCUUGCCAUUGACAUAUGCAUAUUCGAAAAGUUUAUCAAGGUGA